CCUCGCAACAUCAACAACGCCAGACAAGAAAAAAGGCGACGACGAGGACGGCGACGAGAUCUUGACCGUCGAGAGUCGCUUCUGCGGCCUUCAUGCUCGCCCUGACGCCCUGAUCUCCGCCGCAAUGACUGCCUCGACCUGUUUCCCCCGCCUGUGAGCACCGCCUGAGUCCUUCUGCGUCGGCCCUGCUUUUCCUCCUGCUGCCACCGCCACCAGACCAGACCAGCGCUCCCCUGAGGACCAGCGAGCGAACCAGCGAGACAGGAAAAGUCUGAGAAACACGACUCUUUCAUCCUUUCGAGAGAUACAACUACGGAGAGUCAUUCGUCUUCUGCUCAGGUUCGUUUUUACAUCCUCCCUUUCCGACCAAAGUGCUUUUUUCCCUCCCUGGCGUUGGUGUCGUUUCGCCCGUCGCAUCGACCACACAACACCCACACCCACACCCAGCCUACGAACGGCUCUUUUCCUUCUACGCCUUUCUCUUCGCCUUCGCCUUCGCCUUCGAACGGCUGCGAGAUCCUGCCCUCUCACUUUCUUCUCACACCUUCUUCUUUUUGCUCCAGGGGGUUUUCCUUUGUCGAUUCAUCUUCCCCUUCAGCUCCGGGCCUUGUGUGUGUAGACCCUGCUGUCACAUCGCUCCCUGGAUCUCGCCAGAAGGAGAGAGAAAAAUUAUACCACCCCGUUUUCCGUGGCCGGCAGCUCCGGUUUUAGGGGGAACUUCGCCAUGUCGACCCCUUCUACUGCUACGGCAACCCAUCCAUCUCACCAGCGUUACGGAUACUCCCGUCAUCAAGUAUACCACCAGCCUAAUCCCCAGUCGUUCCCCACCGCGUCAGCGGCGAGCAAUGCGCUUGCAAACCCCUUCAGCUACACGUCCAACCAUCAGUCGACCACCAACGGCCUUUCGCUAGCAUCCACGCCCAAAACGACCGCUCCAGUGCCUUCCAUGGCCUCCUACAGCACACCCACGGUCCUCCCGACUGCCCACAGUCGGCGGAAACAGCCAGACUGGGGAGAGUUUUAUAAGAACGGCGUCCCCAAGGAGAUAAUUGUUAUUGACGACGACGAUGAUGACGAUAAUACAAACAACGAUGCUGUGCCCGUCUCUGCUUCUGCAGUGACAUCAUCCACCAGGACUGCACCCCGUGUUGCCCCCUCUGCCUCUUCUUCCAACCUGCCGGCAAACAAGAAACGAAGGACCGACGCCAGUUCAGGCGUCGACGUCUACUACGAACGCCCUACCUACUCUGCCUCCUCCCAAAAAUACGGCGAGGGCUCGUCUGCGGCGCCUUCAAUGUCAACCGACCGCACCGCCUCUAUUCAUACCACCGCUCCCACCUCACUUGGCUCGCAGGCUAGCGGUUCUGCAGCCAACAACGCCUACCUUGAUGAUGUCGCUGUCGGCCAGAAGCGGAAGCGAGUCGUGACACGUAAGGCUGCACGUGAUGAAUUGAAACGAAGAGAACUCGAGACCGUUGGCGAUGCCUUCAGCAGCUAUAUUCCUCCUCCAAAGCCGCCCAUCAAGGCCAAAGAUGUCGUUGUCCCGGUCAUCCGCGAUUACAACGCGAAUAAAAACCAGAAGAUCGACGAUGAAGAUGGACAUUACAUCGUCAACCCGGAUACCAAUCUCACCGACAAAUACUCAAUUAUUCGCCUUCUAGGCCAAGGGACAUUUGGCAAGGUCGUGGAGGCAUAUGAUAGACAAAGAAAGACUCGCUGUGCAGUGAAGAUCAUCAGAUCGGUCCAGAAAUACCGUGAUGCCUCUCGGAUCGAACUUCGAGUCCUAUCAACUCUCGCGUCCAACGACGAAACCAAUAGAAAUCGGUGUAUCCAUCUUCGGGACUGUUUCGAUUUCAGAAACCACAUCUGCAUCGUUACCGACUUGCUGGGCCAGAGUGUGUUUGAUUUCCUAAAAGCAAACUCCUUCGUCCCAUUCCCAAGCAGCCAAAUCCAAAACUUCGCUAGACAACUUUUCACCAGUGUUGCCUUUCUACACGAUGUCAACCUUAUACACACCGAUUUGAAACCUGAAAAUAUUCUUCUCGUCAGCAAUGCUUACCAGACGUUUACAUAUAACCGAACCAUCCCCUCUUCCUCUCACACAACCUCGAGGACCGCUCGGCAACGACGUGUCCUGCUCGACAGCGAGAUUCGUCUAAUAGACUUCGGGUCUGCGACCUUUGACGAUGAAUAUCAUUCUUCCGUGGUUUCGACUCGGCAUUACCGUGCCCCUGAGAUUAUCCUCAAUCUUGGAUGGAGCUUCCCCUGCGAUAUCUGGAGUAUAGGCUGUAUCUUGGUUGAGUUCUUCACCGGAGAUGCCCUCUUCCAGACGCACGACAACCUCGAGCACCUCGCCAUGAUGGAGAGCGUUUGUGGCGGUAAAAUAGAUCCAAAGCUUGUCAGACAAGUUCUACAAGGCCGUAACGGACACGGUGCCGAUUCUGCUGCUAAAUACUUCAACCGCACCAAACUUGACUAUCCAAAUGAAGAUACCUCUAGAGCGUCAAGAAAAUACGUAAAAGCAAUGAAACAACUUCACGAAUUCAUUCCUGCAACAACCUCCUUUAACAAACAAUUCCUUGACCUGCUUCGCCGCAUCUUCGUCUAUGAUCCCAAGGUUCGCAUUACUGCCAAAGAGGCCCUCAAGCACCCAUGGUUCAAGGAUACUAUCAUCGACGAUGGUACCGAGGCAGUCCGAAUCCGCCAGGAGCAGCAGCGUGGGGCCUGAGAUUGCCUCACUAAUCCCACCACCGUUUACACCGUUCCGAAUAAGCCCUACCUAUCUCCCCCAAAUAUAUCAGUGUUUAUCUUUUACUCUUUAUUACUAAAUUCUUUUCUCCCUCUUAUUCCACGGAGCAUUUGCCCAUAUAAUUCUCGUGCCGGCUGAUACCAUAUAUUCCUCCCUCUAAAUGCCAGACACUUACUCUCUCCUUCUUUCUCUCAUUUUUUUUUUUUGGAAGCCGACUGUGUCAGUGAACUGUUAUAUCACAUAAGUACCGGACAGUUAACACCAGUGGCCUCUCUUUUCCACUUACUUAACCUUUGUCUUCUUGUUUAUUACUUUUUAUGUCACCUUAGACGCUAUUUUUUGACUUUGCUUUUCAUUUUUUUUUUUUUUUUUUU